UGUCUAAAUAAUGAAAUUAUCGAUAAUGAAUCACGGAUGUGAGAUUAUAUCUGAAAACAAUAGGUUUAAAAAUUUAAAGAGCGCAUUUGAUAUUCCUCAAAUGACUGUUCCAAUUUUCUGAUACUUUGUUUUUGGAGAAUAUGGCGUUGAAGGCAGAUCUCGAAUAGUUCUUGAAUCAUGGCCAGCAAUUUGAAUAUUUGUGGUGCUUGUAAUCAGCAGCAGAUAACCGUACAAUCAGAAGUUUGGUGUUUCGAAUGUGAAGAAGGUCUUUGUGAAAAAUGUAAAGAACAUCACAGUGUUUCACAAGGGACAAGACACCAUGCAGCACUUUUCAUAGUUGAAUACCAGAAACUAACGACCAGAGUCUGCAAGAAACAUAAAGGGCUAUACGAACUUUUCUGUAAAAAUCAUGACUGUCUUUGCUGUAAGUAUUGUGUGAAAUCUCAUAAAGAUUGCAAAGAAUUAACUGAAAUCAAUGAAGUCAUAAAAAACGUAAAAGCAUCAAAUGCCUUUUAUGAAAUCGAACAAACCUUGCUGGAAAUUACCGAUAAUAUAAAACGAAUCACCGCUAACCGGGAAGAAAAUUUAAUAUUGCUAGAAAACACGAAAAGAGAAAUUGAAGGAGAAAUAAAUCAAACAAGGUCGACGAUAAAUAAUUAUCUUGAUAAAAUUCAGGAUGAUUUGAUGAACGAACUCAUGGUGAUGGAACAAAAAGAAAGCAUCGAAAUUCGAAAGUUGUUGACAAGUCUGAAAACAAAGGAACAAGAGAUUGGAAACUACCAAGCGCUGUUUGCUAAUAUAAAACAGAAUGCUUCGGAUCUGCAUGCAUUUACGUCAAUAAAGCAUGUAGAAAACGAUUUAGCAAUCGCAGAACAAUUCAUUCAAUCGCUCACAAAAAGCGACACCACUAUUCAAGUCAAUAUUUCAAUGCAAAUAGACAAAUCUUUACAGGAAAUCGCAGCCAGCGUGCAGAAGUUUGGAGAAAUCAGUGUUAGUUUAGACCCAUGUGAUUUCACCAUUCUAAAACGGAAGGACAGACAAGCCCAGAUUAUGGUAGCUCCUUCAACCAGAAAUAUCAAUAACCUGAUUCUGACAUUACAGAAACGUAUUAAUACAGAUCUGUCAAAUAUGAGAGGUUGUUCUAUACUCCCUGAUGGUCGGAUGGUAUUCUCCUCUUUUUCCGAAAAGAAAAUAAGCGUAUUGAAAUCGGAUGGAUCAACAGAUUUUGAAAUGAGUAAUGUCUGUGGUACGUUUGAUGUGGUAUUUAUCGGUAAUGAAUGUAUUGCUGUAACGUCUAGUAGCUAUUCAAAUGAGAUGAAUAUAAUAAACAUAAAGGAAAACAAACUGACAAAAACAAUAAAAGUACAUUCAGACAAUGAUGGAGUAGCAUACAAUGAUGGCCAUUUGAUUUAUUGUGCCAGGGAGAAAGGGUUACAGAUGAUAAGUCUUAGUGAUGAAUCCACUUCCAAUGUUAUCAAUCACGAACUUUCCGGCUUAUCGUACGUUACAACAUUCGGGGACAAACUGUGUUACACAGACUAUAACGAGGAUAGUGUAACCUGCUGUGAUUUUCAUGGUAAGAUAAUGUGGAAGUUCAGUGAUAUUAGUGUUCUGGACACUCCAUACGGCAUCUGCGUAGAUAAUGAUGGAAACGUGUUUGUAGUUGGGUAUCAUUCACACAACGUUGUUGUCAUUUCUCGAGAUGGAAAACAACACAGACAACUUUUAUCAAGUGAUGAUGGAUUGAAAUACCCCCGGGCUCUGCACUAUGACCAAUCUACGAACAAAAUUUUAGUUGCAAAUGAAUUCAAUGAUGCUUUCCUGUAUGAAGCUAAAUAA